UUAACGUCCAUAAGAAAUGAUUUCAAGUCGAAAAAGACAUUUGGAUAUGAGCUGAGCAGGCUGAACAUUUUGAUACAUUAAUUGUUGAUUUUUUUUUUAAGAAAUAAGAGAUAUUGAUCAAGAAAAGUUGUUUUUAUUCUGCUGGUGGUCGCCGCUGCCGCUGCUGCUGCUGCUGGCCUGUAAACAUGGCUACCGCGGGAACAACUGGAGACGAGCUGAAGAAGGAGCUCACGUGUGCGAUUUGUUUGGAGUAUUUCAAAGACCCUGUUAUCCUCAAAUGCGGCCACAAUUUUUGUCGCUUUUGCAUUUGCAUGCACUGGGAUGAAAAUGGCGAAGACUACGGGUAUCAGUGCCCACAGUGCCGAACGGUGUUCAACAAGAGAACAUUCACUAAAAACUACUUGGUGCAGAACCUAGUGGCCAAACUGGAUGAUCUGGAGUGUCUGGGUUCUUGUUCGACACCGUCAAAACCGUUGAAAGUGGAUGGGAAGUGUGAAAAACACGGCGAAGAGCUGAAACUGUAUUGUCAGACCGAUAAGAGGCCUAUCUGUGUGGUGUGCCGUGAAUCUCGAGCACACAGACACCAUGAGGUGGCGCCAGUGCCAGAAGUUGUGAACGAUAUGAAGAUGGAGUUAAAGCUGCGGCUCAUGGGACUCAACUGGCACAAGUCUAAGUGUGAGAGCGUUCAAACGGCUGAUGAAUGCACCAAAAGUGAAGUGAGGAUGAAGAAACAGAGGCUGAAGGAUAAGAUCGAGGCAGAUGUCGGUGCCAUGGUUCAGUUCUUGCUGGACGAGAGAGACAGCCUGCUUGAGAGCUUGGACGCCGAGGAAGCAGCCACCCUGGCGGUCAUAGACGAAAACCUGAAGUUGGUGGAGGAAGAGGCUGAGGAUGUGGGAAAAACCAUCUCUGAUAUCCACAGGCACAUCAGUGGGAAAACGAGCUUUGAGAGCCUUUGUGAGGCAUUUGAUGAAGCCUUCCAUUGCAAACCUAUCACAUCUAUGGAGGCAGUUAAUUGUCAGACUGAGUUCACAGACUUCUCAGGGCCUAUCCAGCUUAUCGUGUGGAAGAAGAUGAUGCACGUGCUACACACCAUGCCUCAGAACCUCACGUUGGACCCACAGACAGCUCACCCAAACCUGCUCAUCUCAGACUUUGACACCAAAGUGGAGGAGGGCCGAGUCCGUAGCCACGAGCCAGACAUGCCGGAGCGAUUCACCCGCUUCUGUGGUGUCCUCGGCAUCGCCAAGUAUGCCACUGGCCAGCACUACUGGGAGGUGGAUGUGAAGGACAAGGGCGUGUGGUACCUGGGAGUCACCACCGUGGGCAGCAACAGGAAGGGCUUUGUCAGCCUCACUCCCUCGGCAGGAUACUGGAGCCUGUGUCUGCAGGACCGGCUCUAUGCCAACGGGGAGGACGGACGCAUCCCGGUCGCCGACUACUGGACCUCGCCGAGGGUCGGCGUGUACCUGGACUACGACAAUGGGCGUCUGAGUUUCUAUGACGCGGUCACGAUGAAGAGACUUUACAUGUUUGACACCUGCUUUGAGGAGCCGGUGUCUCCCUUCUUCAGUCCGGGCAAAUACGAUCCUGGCAGCAGGCUGCAGAUAUGCCACUAUUACUGAGACACAGCUGCUGUGAUGGGGGGGUCACAUUAUUUAAGAGUGGAGUCAUGGAUGCCAGUGGUUACUGAUUUACUGUUGGCAAGGGUUUAGACACCCACUGUAGCCUCAUGCCCCUUGGGGUUUGGAGAGGUGCUUUGCUCUGCGUCACUGUGUCUGCUGGGAAUACUGAUGCCCCACAUGCUAUGCUACAGUAUGUUGCAGUGUUGUUUGUCCUGGUAAGGUGGGUACUCCUGCCAUGUAGGUGGAACCCCAAGGACAUAUGUUAUUGGUACAUGCUGAUGGCUAAGAUUCCCCCUCAUUAAUGCUUAGACUGAAGAAUUGGUGCUGAUAGCGAUGUGACUUAAAUUGGCGAGCUUGUACAGAUAUUUCCGCUCUCAAUUAUUUAACUUCCAGAAACCUAAUGGCUCAGGUUGUGUUUUUUUUUUUUUUUAUUUGGAUUUUAUCAUCAGUACAGAUAAUUUUAUCCUCUUUUUACAAUCCGCUUAAUCUUAGAUUGUUUUAAAUACUGUAAAUAUUUUUUGGUUGUUGAGAAUCCCUUUGUAAAUUUCUCUCCCGCUUAUUUUUGUGAGCACAUGUGAUGGUAUAUGAAGCAACGUUUUGAGAUUUUUCGUUCAGUUUGAAUCUUGAAACAUUUUCAAAAAUAAGCAAAUGAAGGACAAAGCCAACCGUUUUUUAAAACCGCCCCGAUGGAAAAUGUUUCCGCCACAUGCUCCUUGAUGUUUUACUGUGAGAGUCAUUCCAGUGCAGUAAGGAAUGAAAAUAUAAUUAUAAGUUUAUUGUUUCAACAGCGUUUUCCUCAUUUUCCAUUACAAAAUGCUUCUGCUUCUCGGGCCAGAGUUGGUUUAUUAUCCAACUCAGUCCAGUUUGUUUUUUUUAUUUAUUUUUUAUCAUUUUUGAUGACUUGAAUGCAGGUAUUUUGAGUUCAAUGUUAAAAAAAAAUGUUAUUUGGACAAUUUUAUGAAUGUUAUAUUUUCUUUCUUGAAUGUAUAAUUUACACGUUUUCCUGAAUAGAAUCUUUAUGGAUUUUUAUUUUUGCUUGUACAGUUCCCCACACUUUUAGACGGUGGGGUGUUUCAGCACCAGUGCCAUCCUGUACAGUGAAUUUUUCUUUUUUUGCUUUUUUAAAUUAAUUUGAGGAGCAUAGUAGAAUCAUUUCACAUCAUUAUCUGUGGAAAAAUGAGCUCUGGCCCAGCAGGCUCUUUUUUUCAAUGUUAUUUCACAUACUGGUAUGUACUUGGCUACUUUUUGUGAUGUCUUGAUAGGUGUGACAAAAAUGAUCAUUGUGAUUCCUGUGUGUGGCCUUUUCACCUGCAGUAUUUGAUGUAUUCUGGGUUUUUUCCUCCGUUUCAGAAUGAGAUUAAAAGAGGAUGAAAUUCUUAAAUAUCUUUAUCAUGGUGUUUACAAUUCACUUGGCUCCGUGUCUUUUAACAUCACUUCACAAGAGACGACAUGAAGGUGAAUUAUUCGCCUCCAAUGAGAUUUUUCUUUUUUAAAUUCAUCUUUGAAUUUAUGAAAUUAAACCCCUUCAAAAAUGUA